AUGAACUUCUACUCCCACAGCGUGCUGUACCAGACCCAGCAGAAGCUCCUCAGCCAGAUGGAGACCGACAACCACGUUUUGGGCAACGAGAAGGAAGAGACGAAAGUCGACAAAUCGAAGGGCGACAUCAACUACAGCUACAACCGCAACAUGGCGAAGGUGGUGGCGUUCAACCACAAGAUGCUGGCGAAGUUGGCGCGCAAGCGCCAGAAGGCGUCGGCGACAAGCAGCGACGGCGACGACACCGUGCUGAAAAGCACGAUGGUGUUCUCCGACAUCUCGCUGAUCUUUCUGCGCCGGACGAAGCUGACGAAGGCGCUGGCGCUGGCGCUGACGAAGCUGACAAAGAGGUAG